AUGAUUCAAGGUGCUUCAGAGCUAGCUGCAAUAUGCGUGGGCUUGGUUGGCUUGAUCGGUGCCUCGGCUACCACGGGGUUGCCCAUGUGGAAGGUGACCGCGUUCAUCGGAGAAAACAUAAUUGUGAUGGAAACCCGCUGGGAAGGCCUAUGGAUGAACUGCUACAGACAAGCCAACAUCAGAAUGCAAUGUAAGGUUUAUGACUCCCUGCUGUAUCUGCCCCCUGAAUUACAGGCUGCCAGGGGUCUGAUGUGCUCUGCUGUGGCCUUGUCAGCGGUGGGGCUUCUUGUGGCUCUGGCAGGAAUGCGAUGUGUGUCCUGUAUUCGGGGUAAUGAUUGGGCUAAGACCAUUAUAUUGAUGGUUGCAGGGGUUAUGCAGUUCAUGGCGUGCAUCUGUGUCUUUAUCCCAGUGUCGUGGACAGGUCAUGUUAUCAUUACAGAUUUUUACAAUCCUUUGCUGAUUGAUGCCCAGAGAAGAGAGCUAGGAGAGGCUCUUUACAUUGGAUGGGUGACAGGUGCUGUGCUUUUCGCCUCAUCCCUGUUGUUUGUCUGCCGCCGUUUGCCCAAAGGCAAAAGCUCGUUUGAUAUGUAUCACCCACCAAACUUACUUAGUUAUAAGCCAACGCCCAAUAGGCCAGCUCUGAUGAAUUAUCAUCCCCUGUCCAGCCUUCGAUCGACUGGUUCCGUUGGACAAAACGCUGCAAUGCCACUGCAAACUGUCAUUCCAGUAAGGACAAAUAAUGGAACAGUAUUAAACCCACCUGUUGUCUAUAAUCUGACUCCUCAGGAAAACGCAUCACUGCUAUAUCAAGGCAGUAUGUCUCAUCACCCCUCAGUGCAGAGCUCUAACCACAGUGGAAACUUGUAUGCUCCAGAGAACUCCUUAUACAUGAGUCAGAACACCACACCAUAUUCACUCACUUAUGUUCCCACCACGUCCUACCAGUCCAGCUUCCAUCCAGUUCCACAGACUCCUAUUUUCAUAACAUAUAAAGAAUCAAGAGCUCAAUCAGUGCCUUACAGUGAGAUGAGAGGUGGUGUAUACAUAUAA